AUGGAGAGUGUGGUACAGCCUUCAGUGUUUGUGGUGGAUGGACAAACGGACAUCCCGUUCAGGCGUCUGGGACAGAACCACAGGAGACAGCGCUGCGGCAUUGCCCAAGUCAACCUGGCCCUGAUACUGCUGCUGGGCGCCGGGCUGGCUACUCAGGGCUGGUUUCUGCUGAGACUGCAUCAGCAACUUGGGGACACAGUGACUCACUUACCGGACGGAGACACGGGCUCCUGGGAGAAGCUGACAGAAGAGCGGCGGCGGUCUCAACAGGCCCACCCAGCAGCACACCUCACAGGGGCCAACGCCAGUUUGAUAGGCAAGGGUGGACCUCUGCUAUGGGAGACUCGCCUUGGCCUGGCCUUCUUGAGGGGCCUGAGAUAUCACAACGGGGCCCUAGUGACCACGGAAGCCGGCUACUACUAUGUGUACUCGAAAGUACAGUUGAGCGGCGUGGGCUGCCCCCAGGGCCUGGCCAAAGUCCCUAUCACACACGGCCUGUAUAAACGUACAUCCCGCUACCCCAAGGAGCUAGAACUGCUGGUCAGUCGGCGGUCACCCUGUGGCCGGACCAACACCUCCCGCGUCUGGUGGGACAGCAGCUUCCUGGGCGGCGUGGUGCACCUGGAAGCGGGGGAGGAGGUUGUGGUUCGUGUACCUGGGGACCGCUUGGUCAGACCACGGGAUGGCACCAGGUCCUAUUUCGGAGCAUUCAUGAUCUGAAGGCCGUGGUGACGACGGAUUGAUGGCAAGGGGGCACCUCUCCAAGACAGACCUCAAACCCAGCAAGCAGAGAUCUUGGAGGUUCCCCGUAAGGAUCCCCAAAUUCUGCAGGUGGAGCUCAGGGACCAUGUAGAAUGCUAA